GUUGUCACAGACUUCCUUGUGAUCUUGAGGCACUCGGUCUGGGAGUGGGCAAUAAUUGUUGAGGAGAGGCCACUCCAAGAUUUUGGUUACUAAGAAUAACGUCCUAAAUAUUUUUUGGCUGGUAGAGAACAGUGCUCUGUUUUCAUUCAAAGUCUACAUUUUUCAUUGCUUGGACUCAAGCUGAACUGCAAAGAAGUAGAACUUGACAUUUCAUCCAGCAAAGUCAACGGUGGUACAAAGUUGUCAAAUCACCUCUCCAACAUUUUCCUAAUUAGGGAAGGGACUGCAAAAGAUGGAUGAAGAAUUUGAGACUACAACCUUCUACUACGAUUUUUUGUUAGAACCAUGCCAAAAACCUGAAGUAAAAAAUUUUGCAUCCCAGUUUCUGCCACCACUGUACUCCUUGGUGCUGAUACUUGGCCUGGUGGGCAAUGCGCUAGUGGUGCUGAUCCUGAUAAAAUACAAAAGGCUGAGAAGCAUGGCUGACAUCUAUCUGCUGAAUCUGGCAGUUUCCGAUUUGCUUUUUUACUAUGCAGCACAUGAGUGGGUUUUUGGAAAUGCAAUGUGUAAAAUUCUUUCAGGGGUCUAUAUUGCUGGCUUCUAUGGUGGGAUGUUUUUCAUAAUACUUUUGACAGUCGAUAGAUAUCUGGCAAUUGUCCAUGCAGUGUUUGCUUUAAAAGCUAGGACAGUUACCUAUGGCAUUCUCACAAGUGUUGUCACCUGGGGUGUUGCAAUAUUAGCCUCGUUUCCAGAGUUAAUAUUUCACAGUGCUCAAAAGGAAGCUACUCAUUGGACCUGCAGCCCUCAUUAUCCCUGGGGACAGGAAAAGACAUGGAAGCAAUGCCAGACUUUAAUGAUGAACCUUGUGGGACUUGUCAUUCCACUGCUCAUUAUGAUCUUCUGCUAUGCAGCAAUUAUAAAGACAUUAUUGAGAGGUAGGAAUGAGAAAAAACAUAAGGCAGUCAGGCUUAUUUUUAUCAUAAUGAUUGUUUAUGUUAUCUUCUGGACCCCAUUCAAUAUUGUUAUUUUCAUGAACACUUUUCCGAAUUUAUUUGUCCUAAAUACUUGUGAGACCAGCAAGCAGAUAGAGCUAGCAAUCCAAGUGACAGAAACAUUUGCGAUGAUCCACUGUUGUAUCAAUCCUGUGAUCUAUGCCUUUGUUGGGGAAAAAUUUAGGAAAUAUCUUCAUACUUUUUUCCAAAAACACAUUGCAAUCUACCUCUGCAAACACUGUCCGGCUCUUUAUCGUGAUAAAUUAGAACGUGUUAGCUUAACAUACACCCCAUCUACUGCAGAGCAUGACAUCUCUGUUGGUUUGUAAAGCACAUUAAAUAUGUAGCCAGUAAAAGUGUCAUCUUCCUUUUUACUUAAAAGUUUGUUCAAUUAAACAAAACUUAGGGACAUGUAACCACUCACAGCAGUUAAAUUUUUUGUGACACUGCAGUAUUUCUUAUUUGUCAUAUGGGGAUUACUACAGAUGCCACAGAAAAUUCAAAUACUUCAAUUUUGUAAGUCUCUACUAUAAAAAGGCAUGUAAAGUAGUAUGUGUUUGCUCUUUAAACAUGAACACUGGUCAAAGAACUAUUUGUUCAGGAAAUAUAAUUCAGAAGAUGCCUUUAAGAGGGCAAGGAAUAAGGUUUGUUUUCUCUCAAGAGCCCUUUUACCUACAUUGAAAACCAUAAGAAAAACAUUAGGAAGAAGGCCUCCAUGAGAGGAUAUGAUGUCCAUUUACAUGGGGCUUGAUUCAUCUUUUUAUUUCAAUAGUUGACAGGAAAGUAACAUUAUAAGGACAAAAACUGAAGCACAAUCAUAAAAAGUAUUAAUAUUCCCAAGAAUUUUAUAAGCUAUGUGUUUUUUCAGAAUAAAAAUCAACUGCAUAUCUAAGGUAGGGAAUGUUUAUUUACAAUUGCAUUGCUACAUUGUUUUUCCUAUGUGGGGUUUGAAGACGUAUUAAAACUUUAUGAAAAGAGCUUUUAUAAACAGGGAAGUAAUAGAUUGUGCACACCUCUGUUGAGGGAUAUGACUGACCUUCUGUUCACCAGAAUUGUGCUAAACAUGGGGUACCAUAUUAGCCAGUGACUGUCAUUUUAAAAUAAUCUUUUCCCCUUGACUACUUUAUUUAAUUAUUUUGUCUUCAGUUUUACACAUUCUAAGAGGAAGUUUAAACAUUCAGGGUGUGUCUAGACUACAGGGUCUUUUUGAAAAAAGUGUUUUUUUUUUCCAAAAAAACUUCCCCUGCAUCUAGACUACCACCACAUUCUUUCAAAACUAAAUUGA